AUGGCACGCCUUCGACCAUCGGCUCGUCGUGGUUUCUCCGGUGGAGGUGGAGGUGGCGGCGCUGGUGGUAUUUUACUACUCUGGACGACUUCAGGCAUACUGACAGUGAUGCUAGUGAUGAGGCUGCUUCUUGCAACGGAGAAGAGAACGAGGAAACUGCUACAGUGUCGGCGUCAAAGCGUUUGGCACGAUAGGAGAGCUAUCAUGCCGCGAGGAGCCUGCAGUCACACAUUCACCAAAUGGGAUGUCAAGGACGAUGGAGAACGAGGACAGGAACCAAGAAAACUCAGCACAAAGUCGGCCGAACUGAGCUCACGAAGAGAUGAGGAUGAGUGGGAACGGUUGAUUUGCUUGCAGUGCGCAACACCUAUCACCGUAUCACAGUUCUCCAAUCACAGACAAGAGUAG